AGGACAGCUUACCUAGCGACUUAGUUCACUACUUCUAUUUCAUCAAGCUAAUCGUUUGCAGUGCUUCGCCGCAGCAUUAACUAUUGGCAUAGCGAUAAUAGUCAAGUAUGGAGGCGGACGCCAUGUUAUAUUCGUUACGGACUCGCGUAUGCUUAAUAUUUGGAAAGUGUGCGAUGAGGUUCUGUAUACCAUAUCGCUAGGUUUCAUAAAGCUCAGUAUCCUCAGGUUGUAUGGAAGUAUCUUCCAAUCAUGGAGAUUCCAUUGCUGCCUUUGGAUUUUUGCCGUUCUGAUGAUUGCCUUCCAUUUAACAGCCUCGAUUAUCGAUAUAUUUCAAUAUCGCCCCGUCGCCUUUUCUUGGGAUUUAACUAUUGGAAAUGGCACUUGCAUAAACUAUGGGUUAUUAUAUGUUCUCUUAACCAGGAUCGUCAAUAUCAUUACCGAUUUCAUUAUUAUUCUAUGUGCACCUAUCCCAUUGAUUUUAAGACUUCAUACAUCGAAGCAGAAAAAGCGGCUAUUGAUUUUCACUUUCGCCAUGGGUGGCAGCGCCUGUAUUGUUUCUAUUAUCCGUCUUGGGUUUAGCUUGGCCUUUGAUGCAACUGUUGAUCCAAGCUACGAUAACAUCCUUGUCAGCCUUCUUUCUCUCAUUGAGCUUAUGGCUGGCAUUCUUGCUACAUCAAUACCGACAUAUCGGCCAUUAUUCCGACACAUGAUGGCAAUGUUCAGUCCGUUUUCGAUUGAUCCACCGACCAAUAUCAACAGCAAGGGUAGCAAUGUUCGCACUAGCCCGCAAAUAAGUGCUGACGUUUCGGCUAGACAACUUGAAAGCAAUUGCCCCGGUAUAAACGUGACGAGACACGUUGAGCUUGUUCGAUAUACUAAUAUGGGAGGUAAUUGGAUUAGAGUUCCCGAUGAUAUCUAUACAGGAUGGAAUAGGGGCAGGGGUACGGGGGAUUACGAUACUUGAUGAUAUAUUUAUAUUCCAACUAAGUUGUUUGACUUACAGGGUACCCUAUUUCCUUUCUGAUACCCUAACCCUAAUCUAUGUCUACCAUCGUUAGUCGACUGAUGUCAAGGUAUAAGUGAGGUUAGUCAAGAA